CUGGCCCUCGGGGACCGGGUGUCGGGAGAGGACGCAGAACAGAACCCCUCUCCUGACGGGCAGCGGAGCAGUCAGCUCCUGGCACGGCAAUGGCAGGAUUUCUGGAAGAAGUCCCGGAACACCCUGGUGCCCCAGCGGCUGCUCUUCGAGGUGACCAGUGCCAACGUGGUCAAGGAUCCCCCUUCCAAGUACGUGACGAGCCUCAGCUCUACACCCUCGCCGUGAUGGGCCCAGGGCCACCAGAUCACCAGCCAGCCCACAUCUCUCGCCGUUACUCAGACUUUGAGCGGUUGCACCGAAACCUGCAGCGGCAGUUCCGGGGCCCUAUGGCUGCCAUCUCCUUCCCCCGUAAGCGCCUGCGCCGGAAUUUCACUGCAGAGACCAUUGCCCGCCGCAGCCGGGCCUUUGAGCAGUUUUUGAGCCACCUGCAGGCAGUCCCCGAGCUGCGCCAUGCCCCAGACCUACAGGACUUCUUCGUGCUGCCGGAGCUGCGGAGGGCACAGAGCCUCACCUGCACUGGCCUCUACCGUGAGGCUCUGGCGCUCUGGGCCAAUGCCUGGCAGCUUCAGGCCCAGCUGGGCACCCUCUCCAGCCCAGAUCGCCCUCUGCUGACCCUGGCUGGGCUGGCUGUGUGCCACCAGGAGAUGGAGGACCCUGGGGAGGCCCGGGCAUGCUGUGAGAGGGCCCUUCAGCUGCUGGGGGACAAGAGCCCCCAUCCUUUGUUAGCACCCUUUCUGGAGGCCCAUGUCCGGCUCUCCUGGCGCCUGGGCCUGGAUAAACGCCAAUCAGAGGCGCGGCUCCAGGUCCUGCAGGAGGCAGGCCUGACCCCCACGCCACCCCCCAGUCUCAAAGAAUUGCUCAUCAAGGAGGUACUGGACUAAUCUUGCCUAGACUUAAGGUUACCCUGGGGAGAGGCACUGCCCCAGGAUGGCAGCGGUGGGGGACCGAUGAGGGAUGAGGACCUGAACAGCAGCUGGGAGGCUGUAGGGGGUGCUGGGAACCCCUAGGAGUAACACAAAGAAUUUGUAGCAGACUGAGGAAACGUGGCUCUUCUGCUGGGCUGGGCCCAGGAAAAGCUUUGGCUGGGGAUGCCUGGGACCUGGGAUGGUGCAGGGAGGAAGUCUGAUGCGCUCUCUUCAGCAAAUGCACAGCUGGGGGCUGUGCCCCAGGCCAGGGUCAGUGUUCCCUUUUCCUUGGGCCUCCAAGCCAGUGAAGGAGCCAAGUAAGGGCCAGGACUCUGGAGUCUUGGAGUUGAUGGCUGGAGGGAGGGCUGCAGUUCUGGCCCAGGGAAUAAAGGCCAGCAGGUCCAGUG